AUGUCGAUGGUCUCCAACCUAUCAGCCCCAAAUGAACAAGCAGCGGGCGACCUCACUGGCUCCGCUGUCGCUUCCCGCCAGUCCAUGCCCAAAACUUCAACCACAAAGCUCAAAAGGAGCAUCCUCCCCAGACAAGGAAUCGUCGGCCAGCCAAAUGCUUCAGCCGAUAAAUAUGACAACAAUCAAACUAUCCAAAGCAAAGUUGAACAUCCCAGGGAAACAGCACACAAUCCUGCUCGACAACAAAUUCAAACAAAUGGAGAAAAAAUGAAGAAGACGGGCAAUCAAGCCUUUUCUGUCCCACAAAAGGGAAAAACUGAUGGCAUGUGCAAAAAUGUCAACCACGCUGAUAUACAUUCAUGUUGUCAAAAGACAGACUCAAACCAGACAUGGCAAGGUAGCGCCUAUCGCUCGAAGCUGCCUUCUACUCAAACUGAGAUCACACCCGUCCCAUCCCCUUCACCGACAUUCCAUCAUUGUGCUCAUCCGCCCGUCGAAGACAUUUUUCCAGAUAUUCCACAGUCGGAGACGAAAGAUAUACUCAAGGAGAAAAACUCGGUAUCGAACAGCCUGUUUCAUUGCAAGACGUGGCUGAGGGGUGUGCCAGACGGUCGAGACGAUAAUCAUGACAGUGAUACUGCGGCUUCCAGCCGUAGAAAAUUUCAGAUUGUUGAGCAACCUCUUCCCAUGCCGAAGGUAUUCCCAGAGGUCAAGUCAGCUGAUGUACCUGGGGUGGAUUUUUCACAUCCAUUGCAAGGUCCCGGCACUGGAUGCACUGGAGCCUACCAGAAGCAAUUGACUUCAAAGUUACCUAAAUCGCUUCAAGUCGGACAGGCAUCUUCAACCUCGGUGGCUCCUGUCCUGUCCACAACGCAUAUGCUGCCACUUGCUUCGCUGCCAAGUGAGACACCUUUUGAGCCGAAAGAGCGAGGCGUUGUUUUAAGUCGAGAUGUGCCAAUAGAUAUGCCACUUCUUGGCUGCAGUAUUCUGGAACGUAUGAUUGCCCCGAAAAGCUGCCGGAAUUCGGCUGGCAAUGGAGUACAUGCUCAUUCCGAGGGUUUAGAACCUGGCUGUUUCAUAUCAGCUGCUAUCGGUGACCCAUCGGAAUCCUCGCAAAUACAGAGAAGAACACUCUAUCAGUCUGAACCAAAACCACUCAAUCCGGACUCAAAAACACCAUCACCGGCUAGUAUUUACUUGCCUCGUUUUAAUUUCGACAUGUCCGAACUGGGAGACAGGGUGGAUUUGCGGCCCAAGCAGCCCCUAAAGGAUCGCAAAUGGACUCUACGGGAACUUGAUCUCUCCGUGAAACGUUUUCCUCACCACAUUCCCGUUCUGACAUCACCUGUCAUCUCCUUUUUGCGCAAAAGCAAAAGGAGAGACCUUCUAAGACCCUUUCGCGUGAUCUUCCCUGAAGUCACUGAAAGUGUUUUGAAUUCCCUCUGCGCUACAGUGAUUGCUCGCAAUUAUCUUUUUACUACCUCAAAAUUUGAUCCCCAAAAGCCCUCACGAAAUUAUUACAAUGUAUCUGCCCCCGAUCAGGCUGAUGCAAAAGCCCGCAAUCACCGUGGAGCUCACUCCGCUCUAAGACUACUGGAUCAAGACGAAUGCCAAGCUCUCGAUCCUCAAAGCGCCUACCUUUUCCAAGCAUUUGAUAAAAUUGUUUACCAUCUUAUAUUUACAGUCGUGGGUCGAGUUGACAAAAAUCUGAAGUCGACCGUUGAAGUCUUAGCUCAAGUUCUUGAAGCAAGUGCCUCGAAAUGA